UUCAACAUGGCGGCUGGCAGCUGAGUUUUGCUAGCCGCGCUGUUUGUUUUGCUUUUCGUUCACGAAUAUCUGUUCGAAGACCUUGCAGUUAGGAUUCAAGAUGAGAGCCGUUUCAUUUCUAGAUAAAGUAGAGUAUGAAUUUAUUGGCAACUUUAUGCAGCACGCAAUCUGCCUGGGAGAUGUCGACAACGACAAGAAUAUUGAGCUGGUGGCCGGCAACCUUCAGGGUGAUCUCGCUGUCUUCAAGUUCCAGCAACCUAGACCAUGGGCAUUGGCAUCAAACUUGGGGGCGGUGGCUACUGUGAUUGUUGGCGACAUCCUGAAUGACUCUCAGAACAAGGUUCUCAGCAUCAGCUGUGAUGGCUGGUGCCACAUGUUCACUCUGCAGGCAGAUGCAAAUGAGGAUGACAGGAGGCAGCUGCAGCCUUUCCACACCCAGCGGUUACCAGCAAACACAAAGAUGGCCCUGCUAGCUGAUAUCAACAAGGAUGGGAAGAUUGAGCUGAUCCUUGGCCUGACCGAUCGUGUUGUUCGGACAUACCAGUGGAGUUCGCUAAGUGAGAAUGGAACUGAAGGCCAGGGCAAGCUGGUGGGCCUGCACAAGUGGGAGUUUGCAAAUCAGGUGGGCAAUAUCUCGCUCAACAACACACCAGAAGGGGGCUUGGCCAUUCUGGUGGCACAGCCUGGUGGCACCUACAUCAAGCUUGACUUUGGCAUGUCCAAGGUUGGCAGCAGCCCCACCGACACUACUGCCAGCAAUGGGACAGCGCCCGAAGACGGUGCCCUGCUGAUGUCGGUGGGUCCACAGCACCACAAGCUGGGCCUGUCCCACAUGCGCAAUCCCAACGUCUCAUCGGUCAUUGCGGGCAGCAUCCGAGGCACCACCCGUGCUAAGGAGCCGGUCAACUCCCUCAUGGCUCUGGCCACCCUGGAUGGCACGCUGAUGCUGGUUGACGACGGAGACAACAUCCUGUGGUCCCUGCAGGUGGACCACCAGCUGUUUGCCCUUACCAAGAUGGAUGUAGUGGGGGAUGGUCGUGAAGAGGUGAUAGCCUGUGCUUGGGACGGCCAGACGUACAUUGUCAAUGAAGAACGGCAGGCGGUGCGGUUCCAGUUUGAUGAGGCAGUGUGCACGUUCACAGCUGGUAAUCUGACUCUGAGUCCUGGUGAGGCGCUGCCCUCCCUAGUCUAUGCAACGUUUAACAAUCGCAUCGUAGUGUACUACAACAUCACCUUCACAAACAUGGCCACGCAGUCGCUGCUGGAUGACACUCAGCUUGUGGCCAAGAUUAACGCCCUUGUGCCAGGUGUGGACCCGCGCAAGUUUCUCCAGUGGUGUAUGUAUGGAUCGCGCCCACUGCUAGGGGAUCAAGUACAUCCUGCGGAGAGCGAUGACCCAGAUGGAGGAACUGAAGAUGCCGGAUGAGCUACAAGUUCAGUCGCCAUCCUGAGACUACACCGAUCAUUGCGCUUGUCCGUUCAGCAAUUUAGGCUCGUUAAGAUACCUGCUACCACCUUUACCAGAGUUUAUUAUGUCCAAUCCUUACGACGUCGUUACCUUGAUAUGACGGGAAUUUGACGUCACCAGCUGCCGCUGCGACGGUCACUACUGCGUCUAAAGAGCAUGCGCAAACUGAAUGUAUUGUACGAGUCUGUUUAUUUGCCGUGAUGCUUUGAACAAUAGUAAAGUGUGACCUAUAUGUACAGUUGGCGUCAAAAGUUUGUGGGGCGCGCUAUUUCGAAAGAAUCCGCAGCCAUGAAUUUGGACCUGCAGCCUGGACUAGCGCAUACUUGAUCAACAUGGCGCCGUUCUCCUUUGAGGUGCAAGCAAAUACUGAGUGGGGAUCGGACUUUAUCGGUCUACGUGCGCACCGUAAACCUUUCACGCCGACUUUACGAUGCCGUUUUAUGUCUAAGCCUUUUUAUAUGUCUUACAGCCUGUUUUCAGUGGGACAAAUGAAAAAAAGAAACAUUUUAUGUGCAAUAAGAUAUGAGGAUUCCGCGCUUCUGUUGCAACUGCCAGCUAAAAUUCACCAGUAUUCUCUUCAUAUCGUGUCGUAAAAGUUGUACAAGCAUAACAAAAUCAAGGUCAGCAAUGUCACAGAUCAUUAAGCUUUCCCUUGUGUCGCACAUUUACCUGCCCACCUCAUCCUCAAACUGUACAGAUGAAUGAAGCAGUGUAAUGCGCGUCGGUACGGUACACAAGCCACAUCUCGUGACCAGCGAGUGAUGUGAAGUAUGCGCCGCAGUUUCACAGAAGCGCUGGUCUUUCCUCUUCACUUUUGCGAGCAGAGCCGUAGCAGAUGGUUGGCUCUGCGAAUGGAUGAACAUUUUUUCUUGUUCUGCACUGUUCGCAAUUUGAGAACGCACACUUUUAUGCCUCAUGUAGUCUGCCUUGUUUUGUGUUUGCCCUGGCCGUCAGAACACUGUGGAGGUUAAAAUUGUUGUAUUGUAUGUAUGAUUUAUUGUGUUCGUAUAGUCUAACUGGGAUUGAUGGCGCGGACGAUAGAACCACAGAUUGUAGUCAGGUGGGUGGCCUUGCAGGCCUGUGGCAGACGGCCUUCGCAUAAUAUUUUGUUUUUAGUUUUCGGGAUCUCCCUUCUAAUGUUAAAAAAAUGCGAGAAGUGUUGUCGUGUUGAAAAUUAUUGAUUUAGCACACUCGGUCACAAAUUUACAAUUUUUUCACACGCCUAAACAUUCGGUAGUUGAAAUGCUUGUUAUUCAUUGUGUUCUAACCAGCUGUACAUUUAGGAUAGAAAGAUACCCUUAGUUGUGCAAAGUGAAUAUAACUAAUGUUGUGUUGCUUUGUUUUGUGCGCCACAUGCGAGCCUUAUUUUUUUAAGUCUGGUAUAAGUUGCUUUGUACAUUUAUAUGCUACAUUUGUAAGUUCACGAGCCUGUCAGUUUUAUCUGUAUGCUUGUUUCUUCGUUUUGAAAGUGAAAUCUCGCUCAAAUAAAGCUUUCUUUGUGUGUUUUUACAA